AUGACACAUAGCGGUAAUUUGGUCAUAGUUAGAAUAUACGGCAUCUUAGAUAGAAACACAUUCGAUGUUGUCCUACACAAAGAUGCAGACGUUGAUGAACUAAUCAGACGAAUUAAAGAUGUCAUUAAGGUGGAUGAUGUUUCGCUAAAGAUCCUAUAUCCCCAAGAAGAUGUUUACUACAAUGGCGAUGGUGCCAUCAAAAAUUGUUUUAGAGACGGACAUGUCUGUCCGUUUUUCUUCGACAAAAAUGAAAUUGAUAGAAAGCUGACUAUAAAUUUGUCGAAUGUGUAUUUGCCGCCCCAAGCCGUCAGUCAGACCACGAUGAAAAAGUUCUCGCUCAAUACGAAAAUGGAACCAUUUCGUGGGGAGAGUUUGUCAAAAAUGUGUUUUCCGAAGGAAGAUUUGACGGAAACGAGUGCCGAUGCAGAAGUUGUUGAUAGUGUAGAUGAAGAGAAAUGUUAUGAAGAUGGGGAGGAUCAUAUUGACAGCCUCAUCUUUAGCGGUCCUCCUGUCGUGCAUGUUAUCAUCCAAGAUGAUAGAAUCAUUGAGGUCGGUCAGUACAGCUGCAGUAGAGAAGCGCAAGACGGCAAAUUCAAUCUUGCUUUCUACACAGCACCAAGUCCUGAUGAUGACGACGACGAUUUACGACGUAGAAGAAACGAUGAAAUCUCAUUGAACCUGACAAACCUCAAGAAAAACCUCCCAAUCACGCUGGUAAAUCAAACCAGUCUGAUGCCCAAACCAUUCGCUAUUUUCAACAACGAAAUAUCUCAUUUCAGAGGAUUCUCAUUGAAAUCUCAAAACCAGCAAAUAAUACCGGACCCUGAACAUGUCGUAGUGAGCAGCGAAAGUAGAAAACAAAAAUUAGAUAACCUAUUAAUUGAGCAUCAGCAGGAGGUGGACAGAUUGAAUGAGCAUAAGGAACAACACAUUAAACAAUCUCAGACGCAAAAAAGCAAUAUGGUCACCGGCGUCCAACACGGUCCAAAAAAGAUUACCCUGAAGAGAAACACCAGGCAAACAUUAGCAUCCACUCGUCUGCAAAGACAAAAAACUCAACAGCAGCAGCAACAAACUCAGCAACAGCAGCAACAAACUCACCAGCAGCAGCAACAAACUCACCAGCAGCGUCAGCAACAAUUGCAGCUACAGCAACGUCAGCAACGCCAACAGCAACAACGACAACAACAAGAAACGAACGUUUUUCAUCAUUCUCAUUAUCAUCCUCUAACAGCUUAUCCAGCGCCUCCAAUUUCACAUCCUCAUCAGACACAGCAGCAGCAGCAGCUUCAUCAACAACAAACGACGACGUUUCCUCACCAACCACAUGCAAACAGAACCAGUUCUUUUAAAUACGGUAUAACGCAUGCCCUAGCCAAGUUCCAUGCCAUCAAAGAAGUUCAACGUCAACAAGAUAAAAAAUUCAGUACAGCUGAAACUGUCAGAUUUUUCGGUACCUACCGGCCAGUUAAUUUUUAUCAUAAUUGA